ACGAAACAUAACCUAACAAAAAACUAUUGUGGUUACUUUCAAUUCAAUGGUUAAGAAAAAUGAAAGGAGCUAUAAAUCGAGAGCCUAACCUGCAAUUACCCUGAGUACUUUUACUUGUAGCAGUGCAACCUUGAGAUCUAAGUUAGAACAUUUGGUUUGGAUUUUUUAUUAAUACAUAAAUUUUAAAUAAUGACAGACUCUGCAGAAAGUUUAUUGUUAAAAAUAAAAGAACAAGGUGAUUUGGUUCGAAAAUUAAAAGCUGCCAAGGAAUCCAAUGAAAAAGGAAAGAAAAUCAUUGCUGAAUAUGAUUUUGGAGAAAUAGACAAACAAUUAUCACAGUAUAGUUAUAUUUGUGGCUAUAUGCCAUCUAAAUGUGACAUAGAAUUAAUAAGAGAUUUAAAGAAUUUAGAUUUUCAAAAAUAUAUACACAUUAAAAGGUGGUGGUACCAUAUGGGGAGUUUCAGCAAUUCUGAGAUAUCAUUGUUGCCUGAUUCUAAUCUUCCAAAUAUAAUGAAAGUAACAAAAGAAAGUUCUAAAUCCAUUGAUAACCAGAUACAAGAAGAAGUGUCAAAACUGUUAGCGCUUAAAGCGCAGCUGACCACAGAAGAUGCUGGUCCACAGAAAUUUACCCUCAAGACACCAAAAGGAACUCGGGAUUACAAUCCCCAGCAGAUGAGUAUAAGAAAUGAUGUUCUCCAAAAGAUUAUUACAGUGUUUAAGAGGCACGGAGCUGAGUGUAUCGAUACACCUGUGUUUGAAUUGAAGGAAGUUUUAACUGGAAAAUAUGGUGAGGAUUCAAAACUGAUUUACGAUUUGAAAGAUCAAGGAGGAGAGAUAUUAUCCCUGCGAUAUGAUUUAACGGUUCCACUGGCACGGUACUUGGCGAUGAACAAAAUAACUAAUCUGAAACGAUACCAUAUAGCUAAAGUUUACAGAAGAGAUAACCCAGCUAUGACAAGGGGCAGAUACAGGGAAUUUUAUCAGUGUGAUUUCGACAUAGCUGGCGCGUAUGACCCAAUGGUACCAGAUGCAGAGUGCCUUAAAGUAGUAACAGAAAUAUUGGAUGCAUUGAAUAUUGGUCAGUAUGUACUGAAGAUUAACCACAGGAGGUUGCUCGACGGAAUGUUUGAGGCGUGCGGAGUGCCUGCUGACAAGUUUAGAGCAACGUGUUCUACUGUGGAUAAGUUAGAUAAGUCACCUUGGGAUGAAGUGAGGACAGAAAUGAUAAAUGAAAAAGGUGUGACGCCUGAAGCAGCAGACAAGAUUGGUGAAUACGUGCGACUAAACGGAGGCACGGAGUUGGCGGAGAAGUUGCUAAAAGACGAAAAACUGUCUAAAACUAAGGCCGCAGUUGAAGGACUCGAAGGCAUCAAAUUAUUGUUGGAGUACUGCGCACUGUUUGGCAUUAAAGACAAAAUACUCUUUGACCUCAGUCUAGCGAGAGGCUUGGAUUAUUACACUGGUGUGAUUUAUGAAGCUGUGUUGACGCAGCCUAUUAAAAUUGGAAAUGAGGAGCAGACAGUUGGCUCUAUUGCUGGAGGUGGCAGAUAUGACAACCUCGUUGGAAUGUUCGAUUCUAAGCACAAGCAGGUGCCGUGUGUAGGCGUUAGUAUCGGCGUGGAGCGCGUGUUCUCCGUGCUGGAAGCGAAGUUGGCGGCGGGCGACAUCGCAGUACGGACAAGCGACAUCGACGUGUACGUCGCUUCUGCGCAAAAGAACUUCCUCGAGGAAAGAAUCAAAGUCUGCGCUGAGCUGUGGGACGCCGGUAUUAAGACCGAGCAAUCGUACAAGAAAAACCCCAAAAUGCUGAACCAACUACAACAUUGCGAAGAGAAUGGCAUUCCCUUAGCGGUCGUGCUCGGCCAGUCCGAGCUAGAGCGCGGCGUCGUCAAAAUAAGGAAUAUCGUUUCAAGGCAAGAGGACGAGGUGCCCAGAGACAGUCUAGUGCAGGAGCUGAAGACAAGGAUCUCUGCGCUUAAUAAAGAAAUUAACGGAACUAGCUAAAUAAAUAUAUAUAUUUAUUUAAAUGCUACAUAAAUUAUUUGGUAUUUACUGUAUUUUUACUAUUGUAUUUAAUAAAGUACUAUAGCUUGCAUCUCUUUUUUGAUACUUGGAAGUCAGUCUGUCUAAAUAUAUGGUUUAAAGUAUUUGUUAUGCUGAACUGCGGUUGUAAUCAUUAUACCAUGAUAAAGGAUUUUGCAAGAAAGUCGUAUGCAGAGCAUUUAAAUUCAAAGAGAGAGCAUUUAAAUUCCUGUAUAGAAUUGAUACCAGUAAAGUCCACGACAGCACGCCUGAGUUUAUAAAAUUGAUGGGAAGCAGUUACACAUGGUUAAAAAUUUUAUUGAAAAUUUUUGGUGUUUAUUUUUUUUUAUGUAAUACCUAGAUAUAAAAUUGUAUUAUUCGGUACUUAAAUUCGCCAUUUUAUUUCUUCAAAGUAUGUAGCUUCGUAAUGAAAAUGACAAAAUGUAAUAGGAAUCGUCGCUAAGACAUUAUUUAUUAAACUUUUUGUAACAUUUUUAUAAAAUAGCAAUAAUAGUAACUUGUUACUUCUAAGUAAUUGUAAACCAGUUAAUAAUAGUAGAUAAUUUUUUUCUCAGUCUGUAUAUCAAUAUAGUAUCAUUCUUUUGUAAAUCAAAUUCCUUACUAAAUCAACGUUAAGCAAAUGUUUGUUAUGUUUGAAUGGAUCAAACUUUUUGAUCCUGUUUAAUUUUAGUAUCAAUUACUUUUAUAUGGGUAAACUUUUCCACAAUAAAUAAUUAAAUAGUAAAA